AUGGUCAAAUCCAAAGCAUCAGUAAAUCAAGAAGGCUAUACCUUAAAAAUGGAAAAUGAUCUGACCACUUCUCACCAUCUGAGCUGCUACUGCAUGGGCGGGGCUGGACUCCGAAAAGGUUGGUCUCGAGGCCCUGAAAGGCGCUGUUGGUGCGUCUCUCACCCUCACCUGCGCCUGCACCUGCACCUAGACCUCCGCUCUUGUCCCAGCCGGGCGGUCGCCGACUCUACGGCUGACGCUCGCAAGAUUGUUAUGGCCUACCCGGGAUACGGAGGAGGGUUUGGAAAUUUUGGCAAUCCAAUGGGACAGCCAGGAUACCCUGGACACCCAGCUUAUCCAGGCAGUAUUUCAACAGGAGACCCCAUGUGGAAAUGCUUCCUUGCUAUUGCUGGCCAGGAUGGUGAAGUGGGUGCUGAAGAACUUCAGAAGUGUUUAACACAGUCUGGAAUUAGUGGAACUUAUUCUCCCUUCAGUUUGGAAACCUGCAGAAUUAUGAUUGCCAUGUUGGAUAGAGAUUACACAGGAAAAAUGGGAUUUAAUGAAUUCAAAGAACUUUGGGCAGCUCUUAACUCCUGGAAGCAAAACUUCGUAACUGUUGAUAAAGAUGGAAGUGGCUCAGUAGAGCAUCAUGAAUUGAAUCAAGCCAUUGCUGCUAUGGGUUAUAGGUUGAGUCCUCAAACAGUAACUACCAUUGUCAAACGUUAUGGCAAGAAUGGCAGAAUCUUCUUUGAUGAUUAUGUUGCUUGCUGUGUGAAGCUUCGAGCAUUAACAGAUUUCUUUAGGAGAAGAGACCACUUGCAACAAGGGGUUGUGAGUUUCGUAUAUGACGAUUUUUUGCAGGGCACAAUGGCAAUUUGA